CCCCUUCUCUGGCGCAACAACAGUGAACGGCUGUCAUGGAUACGCUGGUCAAGGAUUCCGUGGGCUAACGGGAAAUGUAUUUUACUCUGUCCAAACUAACUCAUCAUUCCGCCAGCAAUAGACGACUCAAUGGACUACAAAUUUAAUACUGCAUUGCGGCAAUUUUUGUGCGUCGUUAAAAUAUUUCCGUCUAAAACGUUCCAUGUGAUUACAAUGCCAACAGAAUAUAUGCUUAACUGGUAUGAGCAAAAUGUUUAACGUAAAUUAACAUUAAACGCUAUACGUGUAGUAUUUUGGUGAUUUGAUCAUUCAAAUAUAAUCCCGUAUUUGCGUUGGAUUAUUGGAGGAACCACUUUAAAGUCGUCUUUUGUAUCGAAUCGAGCACAUUACAUCGCUGGACCUAAACAACAGUGGCGUGAGUGAAGCGUGUUUUUUUUUUAGAUCUCGAGCGUUUUAUGUUCAAGUAUUGGGUGUAAUUUGUAGUUUUAGAAAAUUUCAAAGAAUAAAAUAAUGGACGUGCUUCAGAGGAGAGUUGCCCAAGAGGACACCGUACAGUACAAACUCUUUCUCGUUCAGUUUGCCGACAUUAAUCAAAUAGAAAAACGUCUGACUAAUUUAAUGGAGGAGAUUUGGGGAAAGUUCGCAACGCUCCUGGCACAGUACAUUUGGCACCAUCAACCUUUUAACCUCAAGUUAUAUCAUGAGAAAGGGGAUAUUCCUGCUCAUCUGGGAGGAAGCACUCAGUUUACGGAUAAUGUGGAGGAUGAGUGGUUUAUAGUUUAUCUUCUUCAGCAAAUAACAGAAGCAUUCCCCGAGCUUGCAGCCAGAGUUGAAGAUAAUGAUGGGGAGUUUCUUCUAAUUGAAGCAGCAGAUUAUCUACCCAAGUGGUUAAAUCCAGAUACUAGUGAAAACAGAGUGUUUAUUUAUAGAGGGGACAUGCACAUAAUUCCCUGCCCCACUCAUUCAAAUACAGUGGGUAUCCCUAAAGAUGAAGUACCAAGUUUGGCUAAAGCUCUGUCACUGCUGUCAUCCAAUUCAGAUGCAUGUCAUCCAAGCAGUAAGAUUUCCUCUGCAGUAAAAAUGAGACUUAAAGGGUAUCCAGAGAAGAUUCAGACAGAAUUGCACCAUGCUCACUGUUUUAUACCUGCAAGCAUUGCAUUAGUACUAGCAAAGCGUCCUGAUCUUGUGGCUCCUGCUGUAUCAGCAUUUUAUCUGCGGGACCCAGUUGAUCUCCAAGCUUGUCGAAACUUCAAGAUGUUUCCUCCAGAUACACGCAUUCUCACUAUGGUAACAUUCACUCGUUGCUUGUUUGCUCAGCUACAGCAACAACAGUUCACUCCCGAUCGUAGGAGUGGCUUUGCACUUCCUCCACGCUCCGAUCCCAAGUACAAGGCUCAUGACUUGGGCAUGAAACUGGCACAUGGUUUUGAGAUUCUGUGUUCGAAGACCAGGAUGCCAUCUUCAGAGCCUAAUGUUCCAGUUAGCUGUAACCCUCAAUGGAAGGGAUUUAUUGAAUGUUUGAAAAGAAAUGGCUACUUCAAGGGAGAAAUUGAGGGUUCAAUGCUUUACAAAGAGCUUAUAUACACAGCUGAGAACUUUUUCAAGCAGUCUGUCUAUUCUGAAUUUAAUGCUUUAUCACCAGGUGACGAAGUUCUCCAGCUGUUGCAAAGUCUUCCUACUUUUAGCCUGGAAGAGCUCAAAGAAAAGGAGUCACAGCUCCCCCCAGAGGACAAUGACAGUUGGCUAGAUAUUACAGAACAGGAUUUGGAACAAAUGUUACAAGAAAGAGCCAGAAAUUGUGAUGGUGUGGAAUUCCAGAAAUCCAGUGUGAGCCAUAGCAAAGAUGAACCAGUUGGCAUCCAAGUGGAAAAAGAUGCUGGAUACAGUUUGGUAGCUGUCAGUCAGGGAGUAAAGAACUUCCUGAAUGCCAUGUCUUCUCAUGAGGGAGCUGAGCUGCCACACUUUAGUCAACCUUUUAGUUUUGACCCAAACUCGAUGGUCAACGCAUUGGACAACCUCCUAGAGGGCAAUGAUGAUGAAGAACUUGAUUCUGAUGACCUAGAUGAUGAUGAUGAUGCAGAAAAUGAAAGAGAGUUUUCUGUUCCAUCUGAAAUGAACGAAGCUGAGACACUGAAUAGUCUUAAGAAAUACAUGGACCAAAUGGAUGAGGAACUAAUGGGCACGGAUAUUGGGAAGAGUUUUAAUCAGAACCAUAAGCCAGAUCCCCCAGAUGGCUCCUCUCACUCAUCUGGAGAAAGUAGUUUCAACAUGGAUGAAAGAGCUGGAGAGACUGAAGAAGACAUCCAGCCUCUAGACAUAGACUUGAAUCUAAUCACAAAUCUAUUAGAGUCUCUAAGCUCUCAGGCUGGUUUGGCUGGACCUGCAUCUAACCUGAUUCAGAGUUUGGGUAUUCACCUGCCACCCAACUCUGACCCCUCAUGAAACAAAUGAACUGUGUAUUGCUGAAUGGAUAAACUGAUGUUCUGUGUAAUGCAGAUGAUAGUAUUUUUCUAUAAAGUAAAACCAGAAAUAUAUUGAAAGUCCUGUUUUGAUGAUUCCUUUUACACCUAAGGGCAAUGUUAAACAUUGCCAAAUUCAAAUAAUGAUUUUUCUGUCGUCUUUUACAACAGUAGCCCAAAAAUGGUUACAUAUUAAUGAAUAGUUUUUAACAAAGCUUUUAAUACAAAAUUCACAUAACAUUAUUUUCUCCCAUUCUUUAAAUACAAUCUUGGAAAUCCAAGUCAUUCUGGGAUGCAAAUACUAGCUUAAAAUGAUGUUAUACAUGAAAUGGUUGAACCGCAUACACAAAAUUUUUGAAUUUAAAAAUGUAUAGACAUUUUGGGAGAUAUCUGAUCUUUACAGGGAUACUGUGUCACUUUUCAGAACCAAAGUGCAAUAAUAAACUUAACAUUGUC